AUGUAUUUAUAAGUAUUAAUAAUAUACUUAGAAGUAUUAUUAAUGUAUUUAUUAGGAUCAUCAAUGUAUUUAUAAGUAUUAUUAAUGUUAUAAGUAUCAUGAAUGUAUUUAUUAGUAUCAUGAAUGGAGCUCUUCUUCAACAGUGCAGCUGCAGACCUUAAUAGUUGAAACAAUGUUGCAACUUGUGAACAUAAAUGUGAAACUAGAAGUUAGUUUCCUUUGUUUUAAUGUUUGUGUUGACGUGAAUUCACGAGUUGAUUCGGCGUCGCCUCCGGACAGCAGUCAGAGUAACGAGCUGCCUCCCUCCAGGGGGGCUAGCGGCGCCUUCUCCGCCUCCGGCCACAGCGCCGCCCUCCUGCACGGCCUCUCCGCCCUGCGGGCCCGGGGCCAGCUGCUGGACGUGGAGCUGGCCGUCAACCAGGAGCGCUUCGGGGUCCACCGGGCGGUGCUGGCCGCCUGCAGCGACUACUUCAGGGCCAUGUUCACCGGCGGCAUGAGGGAGUCUCAGCAGGCCACCGUGGAGCUGAAGGGCCUUUCGGCCCGCGGCCUCAAGCACAUCAUCGACUUUGCCUACAGUGCCGAGGUCACGCUGGACCUGGACUGCGUGCAGGACGUCCUCGGCGCCGCCGUGUUCCUGCAGAUGCUCCCCGUGGUGGAGCUCUGCGAGGAGUUCCUCGAGUCGGCCAUGAGCGUGGAGUCCUGCCUGCUCAUCGGCCAGAUGGCCGCCGCCUUCAGCCUGCCGUCGCUCGAGGAGUCGGCGGACGCCUUCGCCUUCCGCCACUUCCUCCAGAUCGCCGAGGAGGACGACUUCCUGCGCAUCCCCGCGGAGCGCCUCGUCUUCUUCCUGCGGAGCAACGAGCUGCGGGACUGCAGCGAGGUCGCCCUCUUCCACGCCGCCGUCCGCUGGCUCCGGCACGACGAGUCCCGCCGGGCCGGCGCCAGCGCCGUCCUCCGCCACGUGCGCUUCCCGCUCAUGCGCUCCUCGGAGCUGGUGGACAGCGUGCAGACGGUGGACGUGAUGCUGGAGGACGAGCGGUGCCGCCGCUUCCUCCUGGAGGCCUUCAGCUACCAGGCCCUCCCCUUCCGGCAGCACGCCAUGCAGAGCGAGCGGACGGCCGUGCGCUCCGACAUCCGCUCGCUCGUCGCCUUCGGCGGGACGCCGUACACGGACGCCGACCGCACGGUGAGCGGCAAGGUGUACCAGCUGCCGGACGCCGUGGCGCGCCACUUCAAGGAGCUGGCGGCCAUGGAGGCGGGCUGCAGCCACGCCUGCGUCGCCGUGCUCGACAACUUUGUGUACGUGGUGGGCGGGCAGCAGCUGCAGCACCGCAGCGGCGAGGGCGCGGUGGACGCCUGCUUCCGCUACGACCCGCAGCGGAGCCGCUGGCUGCGCAUCCGGCCGCUGCGGGAGGCGCGCAUCCAGUUCCAGCUCAACGUGCUGCGGGGACGGCUGUACGCCACCGGGGGGCGCAACCGCGCCGGCAGCCUGGCGUCGGUGGAGCGCUACUGCCCCAAGGAGAACCAGUGGGCCCACGUGGAACCCCUGAAGCGCCGGAUCUGGGGCCACGCCGGGGCCCCCUGCGGGGAGCGGCUGUACGUGGAGGACAAGAAAACGCUUCACUGCUACGACCCCGACGCCGACCGGUGGGACUUCAGAGCCCCGAUGAACGAGCCCCGAGUGCUGCACGCCAUGACCGGCGCCCGGGACCGGCUCUACGCGCUGGGCGGCCGCACGGACCACGUGGACCGCUGCUUCAACGUGCUGGCGGCCGAGUUCUACGUGCCGGAGGCGGACCAGUGGACCGCCGUCAGCCCCAUGAGGGCCGGCCAGUCCGAGGCCGGCUGCUGCUCCCUGGACCGCAAGAUCUACAUCGUGGGCGGAUACAACUGGCACCUGAACAACGUCACCAGCGUCGUGCAGGUGUACAACACGGACACGGACCAGUGGGAGCGGGACCUGCACUUCCCAGAAUCCUUUGCUGGCAUCGCCUGUACCACAAUUAUUAUUCCACAGAGCGCCACACAACACUAACCGUGUGUGUGUGUGUGUGUGUGUGUGUGUGGGUUUUAAUUCUAUAAUUUAUUAAUUGGUGAUAUUCUCUCCAGGUGACGUGUGCAAUUCGUCUCUUAUUUCUUUAUAUUUCUUCAUAUUUCGUGUGUUUCUGUUUCAGGGCUGAACAAAGUGAGUCUGCUCAGCUUUAACAGACUUCAUGAUGUUUUUGACAUUUUGAUUGUACAGUUGGGAAUGUUGAUGUUUUAUUAAUCUUUAAUUGUGAUAUUUAGUUUCAAGUUUUUUCAAAAUGUCCCUCUGGUUUCUCCUGUGAUGCUCACCUGUGACCAACGUGAAACCGGCUUCUCCUGCUGCCUCUGAAGACCUUGGUGUCGUUAUUCUUAAAGAAGUCUUCGUCAGCUCAACAGACUCCAGGAGAACGACAGUUUGACCCAAUCCAACAAGUUGUAUUCUCUUGAAGGACAUUUAGAGACGGAAGUUUAAUUCUUAACGUCUGGUUUGCUCCUAACAGAAUAUAUAAUAUACAUAUUUAAUAUAUUGAAUGUACAGUGAAAAGAAACAUAAGCAUCAAACUCAUAUCAUUCACACGUGUCUUUAUCUUCUGUUGAACAGAAACAAUAAAGUUUGGGUUGAAUCUGU